AUGCCGUGGACCGGCAGGGCCGUGGCGAUGAGACUGGCCAGUCUGUGUCUCAUGGUGCACGCCGGGCCGGCGCUCCGAGCUCCGCAGACGUGGCCUGAGUCUUCCAAUGAGUCCUGCAUUUUCAGACUGACCUUGAGGGACUUCCGGCCCAUUCUCUCCUGGGAAUUGAAAAACCGCUCCAUCAUGCCAACGCACUACACGCUGUGGCACACGGACAUGAGCGGUUCAAACGUCCCCCUGGAGCUGGUCCCCGAGUGCGCCAACACCACGCGGGCCUCCUGCGACCUCACGCGGCACUGGCGCAGCCUGACCGAAAUGUACCUGCCCCGGCUCGUCGGGUCCCGGGGGGGCGCCACGCUGGUGGACUGCGAGGGCUCCAUCUUCCCGGACACGGACAUGAUUUUGGAACCCCCUGAGUUCGAGAUCUCCGGCUUCGAGGACCACAUCAACGUGACCCUGAAGUUCCCGCCCGCCUUGCCCAAGCUGCAGCCUGGGGAAGGGCUGUGGCUGCACCUGUCGCUCUCCAUAGAGGAGGAGUCGGAGGGCAUUGUGAAGCAGCACCUUCUCCAAAUCGGCGAGCACACCACCGGCAACUUCACCUACGUCAUCGACAAGCUGGCUCCAAACACCAACUACUGCGUGUCUGUGUACCUGAAGGGCAACUUCCUGUCCAACUCACAGCAGUCCCCCUGGAAGUGUACCCGCCUCCCGCCCAGGCCGGACUCAGAGGCCUUGGCGUUGGCCGCGGUCCAGGGCCUGGUGGUGCUGUUCCUGACCGUCGCCGUCCUGGGCAGCACCCUGGCCAUCCUUCGGCAGGUCGGCUACAUCUGCCUCCGGAGCAAGGUCCCCAAAGUGCUGAACUUCCACGGCAUGGCCAUCUGGGCGUUCCCCGAGUGGCCGCCCCUGGAGGCGGUGGCCGUGGCCGAGGUGAUCCAGGUCCACAGGAAGAGGAGAGUGUGGGACUACAGCUAUGGCGACGAGAGCGACGGGGACGAGGAGGCCGACCCCCGGGCCAGCGCCGGGGCCUACACCAUGCACGGGCUGGCGGCCAGGCCUCUGUGCCCAGGGUCCCCCUCCUCGGCCACCCCGGGGGCCGGCGAGGAAGCCGAGUCCCUGAUGGCGCCGGGGCCUGGGCCCUGGCCGGCCGAGCGCUCUGGCGGGGCCUACGAGGGGACAGGAAAUUGGGGGGCAGAGCGCCCCGGCGGGGCCUACGAGGGGCAGGGGAGUUGGGGGGCAGGCCCCGAGGAGGAGGGAGGGGCCUGGCCGGCGGACCCCUUUCCCAAGGGGGACAGCGGCCCCACCGAGAGCCCCGGGGACCGGAUCUUCUUCAACGUGGACCUGAACUCCGUGCUCGUGAGGGUCCCCGAUGGGGAGGACUCCGGAGCCCCCGCGGGGUUCGGUCCUUUGGAGGAGACGGGGGGCCUGGAGGACCCCGAGGACAGCACCCCGGGGCCCGAGGAGGCUCCUUGUGGUGAAUGUGACACCUCCCCGUCCAACGCGCGCCUCGGGGACGGCUACAUGAUGAGAUGA